CAUGGAGGUGAGCACCGUGUCCCCAUCUCCUGCCUCACCCACUGCAGGGGACGAUCUCUGUGAGACAGAUGUCACCAAGGUGACCAUACACAGUGUGACACUGUUCAUCUGCCUCUGUGGGCUGGUGGGGAACGGGGCUGUCCUCUGGCUCCAGCGCAGGAAAUCCAUCAUUGGCUACAUCUUCACCCAGGCCUUCGAUGACUUUUGCUUCCUCCUCUUCAUGGUCCCCUCCACCCUGCUCUUCCUGGUGGAGGGCAUGUCCUGCUCCAUUAUCAUGUCUCCUGUGUACUUGAGCUUCCUUUUCCAGCUGUCCCUGUUCUCCUACAACAUGGGGCUGUACCGGCUGAUGUUCUUUAACACCAGGAGGUGGAGGUCCAUUGGCUACCAGCUCUGUGGCCACCUGCCCCAGCACAUGCUGUGGCUGGUCAUGAGAGCCCUGCAGUGGGCUUUCUUCUACGCCGUCGUCGCUCUCAAUCCCACUGUGAAUUCCCUGUGCCAGAAAUAUGAGCACAAACACUGCUGGGGAGCUCUCAUCUCCAUGUACACCCUCAACUUCUUCCUCUUUGCUGCACCCCUGGCCAUUUCCAGCACAAUCCUCUUCACUAAGGCUAGGUCUGGUUUCCAGCAGCAGCAGCACCCAGAGAGGCUUGACAUCGUUAUUUUCUUCACUGCACUCUUCACUCUCCCUGUCAGCAUCUGCAAUUUCCUGCAGCAGCUCCAUUACACCGCCGUGUCCUCCCAGGUUGUUUGCCUGCUCAUCUGCAUCCACAGCAGCACCAAACCCUUCAUUUACUUCUUGGCAGGGGGAUGCUGGAGGCCCUGCUGCAGUCUCCUCAGGGACUGCCUCCAGAGGACCUUUCAUGAGUCAAAGGACAGGACUGCCUGCAGCAAUGGUGCUGCUAUGGACACAGGGGUCUGAGCCUGUUCACCCCUUC